ACACACUAACACACACACACAUGCACACACACAGACGCACCGAGGCUGUAUUUCCACAUUCCGCUCGGAGGAAGACACACCCUCAGAUCCGGAGGAGGAGAGGUUCAGUCGAGGUUGCAGUUGCAGGGAUGCAGAGAGGGAGGAGGAGACGCUGUCCUUGUCUGUGAUGUUUGAAUCAAAAGUUUCAGAUCUCAUGUGAGCUUCUGUCAAAGAGCAACAGGUGAGCAGCAGACAUGGAAAUCAGAGCCAAACACUGGACUCCUGAUCCCCAAUGACCAUUGUCACCAUGCCAACUCCGACGAUCCUCACAGCAACCAGGAGCCCUCUGAGAAGUUGCUAGGUUUACAAGGUCGUUUACAUCUCUGCAAGGCUACAUAAACUGGAUCCCCUCCAGCACUGAGAGAGAGACAGAGAGAGAGACCAGGAAGGCAGAGAUGGUUUAUCAGUGGAGCAUCCUGCUGCUUUUCACGCUGCUGGUGAAGAUGGGACUCGUGGGUGGAUGUGUUUGUCCAGCAGCUACCGUUUUGUCCCAGUUUCCCUCUGAGGUGUCUGCUGGCGUCUGUUGCCUGAACUACUCUGGCUCCACUUUCAGCCAUGUGCACUGGUCUGUGUUUACCAAUGAGACAAACAUACAGAUACUGGAUCUAUCCAACUGUAAUAUCACUGCUGUUAAUAGGUGGGGCAAAAUGGCCUCGACACUGCAGAAGGUUUAUUUAAAUCAUAACAGACUAACAGUGUUGCCAAGAGAGUUUCUGGCGGGUCAGCCAAGCCUGAUGGAGGUGGAUAUGACUGGAAACCUGCUUCAGGAGCUUCCUGAAGGCUUCCUUGAGGACUCGGACAGCCUCCAGAGGCUUUAUCUGCAGGAAAACCAGCUCCGCUUCCUCCCCGGCUCUGUGCUGCAGAAGCCCAACCUGAAAAGGCUUGAGCUGGAUGGAAACCCCUGGGAAUGCUCCUGUUUGUUCCUGGAGAGCCUGGAAGAAGGCAGGAAGGCUAAUAGGACCACCAAGCUGCAGGAUCUGGUGGGAAACCUAACCUGUGUCUCUCCCAGGAACGUGGCAGGAAGGCUUGUGUGGUCGGUGAAGAUUAGCAACGCGUGUCGCCCAGCUGGCCUUACCGCGCUCUUCAUCGUGCUCCCCCUCCUCAUCCUCUCUGCCUUGGUGCUCUGCUGGUGCUGCGGGAGGAAGAGGACGAAGAAGGAAGCCCCUGUCUUCAGCGCCUCAAAGAAAAGAGCCUCCAGCUGUAACGGGCAGAAGCAUCGCAGCAAGCAGCCUGUGGCAGGUGAGCAGCAUAAAGCGGGGGGCUGUAAUGAGGGGAUCCUGAAGAAUCAGCUGCUGCUUCGCCCGUCAUCCGCCCUCCUGGGCAGCACUAGAGACAUCUAUGAGGAGGUGGAGAUCAAGCUGGGCUCAGUGGAGUCUCUUCCCCAAGCCGCCUCCUGCUGUUCCAGCGCCACAGGUGGGAGGCAGGGCUCCCAGGAGCCCGACAGGGCCAGCAAGACAGAGCUGGACACAGUCAGUGUGACAGAAGUGCUGAAAGACUCAGCUGAUAGGGAGAAAGCUUACAUGACCCAGUCCACUGAGUACUACAGCCUGGUGCCGGGGAUCGAACUGGAGGACUCAGACCACGGCGAGUACGAGAAUGUCGACCUCUCGUGACAACGUCUCAAAAGACAAGUUUGACAUUUAAAAGUGUAUUUGGGAAAUACACUAAUUUACUUUCUUGAGAGUCACAUGAAAAGAUCUUUGCAACUCUUGUGUGUGUGUGUGUCCCUGAAAACCUUCUUGAUUUUACAUGAAGAUUUUUUGCUGAUGUUGGUCAUUUCAAAUGAGAGAUUUUUUGUAUUUUGGGUUUUUGGGUAAGGCUCAGAUGGAAAAAGGAGGUUGUCUCAUACUUCUAUGCACCAAUCACAAUGUAGCGAUA